UAUAGAGGUACAGAUAGAGGGAGCCCCAUGCCGCAUGGAGCUGGACACGGGUUCAACUCUAUCCAUAAUCUCGGCCCGAACAUUAAGGGAACUGUGCCCUAAUGGGGGUCCCAAACUAAGGCCGGCCCCAUUCACCCUCCGGGACUUCCAGAAACGUAAGGUCCCUACUAUGGGGGUGGGGACCUUCAGGGUGCAAUAUCGAGGGCGAAAGCAACAAUUGGACUUGCUGGUAGUUAAGGGCCCCUACGUUAGCUUACUGGGACUGGCAUGGUUUGGACCUCUGGGGCUAGCCGUUACCGGGGUGAACCGCACUAGCUUACAAGUGGACGUGGACGCCAUAUGCAAAGAGUUUCCAGGGGUUUUCGAUGGGGCAUUGGGACGAUAUACAGGACCCCCCAUUGCCCUACAGCUAGACCCCGCUGUACGACCCAUCAGGCACAAGGCCCGCCGGGUCCCGUUCGCCCUGAAACCCCGCAUAGACGAGGAAUUGGACCGGCUCGUGGAGCAAGGAGUGCUGGAGCCGGUGCCCAACGCCCCCUGGGAAACUCCAAUUGUCACACCUGUCAAGCCUAACGGUUCGGUCCGCAUCUGUGCAGACUACAAAUGCACCAUAAACAAGGCUCUCACGGCCCAUGCAUACCCAGUGCCAGUGGUCAGCCAUGUCCUCGCCACCCUGGCUGGGUCAAAAAUCUUCGGCAAACUGGACUUGGCCCAAGCGUAUCAACAGUUGCCUGUGGACGAAGCCACAGCAGAGGCUCAGACGAUUGUGACGCACAGAGGGGCAUUCAGAGUAAAGCGGCUGCAAUUUGGCGUUAGCGUGGCACCAGGCAUAUUCCAGAAUCUAAUGGACUCUCUCCUUAAAGGGAUUCCAGGCGUCACCCCCUUCUUCGAUGAUGUACUGAUCGCCGGGCCCACACCAGAGGAAUUUGAGGACCGCCUCCGCUCCGUCCUGCACCGUUUCCAGACGGCGGGCCUCAAGGUGAAGCGGGAAAAGUGUUUACUGGGAGUGCCGCAGGUGGACUUUCUGGGAUUUAAGGUGGACGCAGAAGGGGUCCAUCCAACCGGUGACAAGGUACGGGCCAUUUGUGAGGCCCCAGCGCCCAAGAGCAAGCCCGAACUUCAGUCAUUCUUGGGACUAUUGAACUUUUACCAUGCCUUCCUUCCCCAUAAGGCAGCGGUAGCGGAGCCCCUACACAGACUCCUAGAUAAAAGGGCCCCUUGGGUGUGGGGCCAGCGACAAAGGGCCGCAUUCCAGGCAGUCAAGGACUUGCUCGUCUCGAACUCGGUCUUAGCACACUUCGACGAGAGGCUGCCAGUGGUGCUGGCAUGCGACGCCUCUCCCUAUGGCAUCGGCGCUGUCCUGGGACACCAACUCCCGGAUGGAAGAGAGGUGCCGGUGGCAUACUUCUCCCAGACGCUUGCUGCAGCCGAACGAAACUACUCACAGAUUGACAAGGAGGGUCUGGCAAUCGUGAAGGGCGUAAAAAAAUUCCAUGAUUUCUUGUACGGGCGGCCCUUUACCAUAGUGACUGACCACAAGCCGUUGCUUGGCCUGUUUGCCCCUGAGAAGCAGACCCCCCAAGUGUUGUCUCCACGUGUCCUCAGGUGGUCAAUUUUCCUUGCCGGCUACCAGUAUGCACUAAUCCACCGCCCUGGGAAGGCGAUGGGCCACGCAGACGCCCUCAGCAGGCUACCACUACCAGAAACAGGCCCCGACCCAGCGCCUGCGCAAGAGGUUAUGACCCUGGAGCUGCUUCCCGACCGACCUAUUCAGGCACAAGAAGUUGCGCACCAUUCCACAAAAGAUAGGGUCAUCUCCCGGGUCCUGGACUGGGUGUGGCGAGGAUGGCCCAGCAGCAGCCCCGGGCCAGAAUUCGCUGGCUACACAAACCGCAAACAUGAACUGUCGGCCCACAAGGGGUGCCUGUUAUGGGGAAGCAGGGUUGUUGUUCCCCAGCCCCUCCGCCAAAGGGUCCUCACAGCCCUACACGAGACACACCCAGGGGUAGUGAGGAUGAAGGCCCUUGCCAGGAGUUAUGUGUGGUGGCCGGGGAUUGACAGAGAGAUAGAGGCCUGGGUCCAACACUGCCAGACCUGCCAAGAAUCCCGCCCGGAUCCCCCAAGGGCCCCAGUCCAGCCCUGGGAGUCCGCCCGACAUCCAUGGUCACGCUUGCACGUGGACUUCGCUGGCCCCUUCCAGGGAAAAACAUUCUUCAUAGUGGUGGAUUCCUACACCAAAUGGCUGGAGGUCGCACUGGUACCAUCCACUUCUACGGCGGCAGCCAUCCGGGUACUACGUAAGCUGUUUGCGACCCACGGGCUCCCUGACACCCUCGUCUCGGACAAUGGAACCGCAUUCACGUCAGAGGAGUUCCAGACCUUCACAGCGCAGAACGCCAUCCGCCACAUCCGCUCAGCACCAUUCCACCCUGCCACCAAUGGCCAAGCGGAGCGCAUGGUGCGGACCACCAAGGACAGCCUCCGCCGCAUGACACAAGGGGACUGGGAAUACCGCCUUGCCGCAUUUCUUCUAGCACAGCACAGCACCCCAAGCACAACGACGGGCCGGAGCCCAGCUGAAUUACUAAUGGGCCGGCGCCUUGCAACUAGACUGGACCGACUUCACCCCGACAGAGCUCAGGAUGAGGUAGUGGUGGGGAAAGGCAGGAACCCCCGGACAUUUGUGGCCCAGGACCCAGUGUAUGCAAAGAAUUUUGGGGCAGGCCCAGCAUGGGUACCCACCACAGUCACCAAGGUGACCGGUCCCGUGUCGUACGAGGUACUAACGGAAGGGGGGCAAUGUUGGCGCCGCCACUGCGACCAGCUACGGCGACGAUUCCCAGGAGGAACCCGGGAGGAGAGCAGGACAGAGGGGUCCCAAGGGGACAGCAGGGCAGUGAGGCUUGUAGAGCGAGAGGGGUGGGCAGGGGAAGCAGAAGCAGUAGGCACAGAGGGGCGCCCCGAGGCUGGAAGGACACCGGAACCAGAGCUACAACCUAGUGGUUCAGUGGCGCCAGACCAGACAGCCCCGGCACAGCCAGCAGCCUCGGAACACGAGCCAGAACCAGAACCCCUGACCAAGGAACACCCCAGGCCACAACGCACACGGAGGCGACCAGCAGACCUUGGGGACUACGAAUGCAACUUCCCGGGCAGGACUGGAACUUAGAGGGGAGGGGUGUUAUGUACUGAGCUGAAUCCUAGAACAAUAGGAUUCAGAAUCAGCGGGAGCUACCCAAUCCAACUCCAGGUGGAAGUGAAUCCGCAACCUGAUUGGCCUGCUGGAGCAGCCAAUCAGGCGGCUGGCAGAAGUGAAUCUGCUACCUGAUUGGCCUGUAGGAGCAGCCAAUCAGGCUGCAGGCAGAAGUCAAUCCACAAUAUAAUUGGCCCACAGGUGUAGCCCUGAAGUAGCCAAUCACGCAAGGCCCAUUGUGUAAAUAAUGUAUAUAAGCAGAUGGUUUUGGGAAAAGAGCCAUUCGUCUUCUCUUCUCCUCCUUGAUGACUAUGAGCUGAAUAAAGAGCAUGAAAUUCACUCUUGACUCCGAGUAUAUUUCAGCCUGGCUGCAGUGAUUUAUUUUAAGAGCCCGCGAAAAUCGUUUAUUUGUGUAGGGGUAAACUGUAGGUUAGGAAUCUGAAGUUUUGCUUGUUUGGAAGUGGAUUGCAUUGAAAUAGGUGGGAAAUGCAAAGUUUUAGGAGGUCGGCCCUUGUUGGGAGCCAUUGAGAAUGCGCUAUUUGCUUUUCAUCUUCCUGCGGGGAAACUUAAGUCGCAGUGCAUCAGAGCCUGAAGAAGUCAAAAGAAUAACUAUCCACAAUAUUUAAGUGCUGACUUCAUGUCCCUUUAGAUUCUGUUUAAAAGCUGCACACUAGAAAAAGGCCCUGAUUCACCUGCGUGAAUCGGAUUUCAGAAUCUGCCAUCGAAGGCCUACCAACCAGUAUGUUUUGUUGUCGUUUUGGUUUGUGGCCAUCUUUCCCAUCUCCUCGUCUCUUUCUCUCUCUCCAUCAACAUGCAAAGUUAUUUAAAUAUAUCUUACUUUUAAAUAAGUUAUUUAAAUAUAUCUUACUUACCUUUGAGCUACGUUUGUGGACAAGAUGCAGCCCAGAAGACCUCAGGGCGGUUCACAA